GCAAGGGGCGCUUGGAGCCCGUCCCAGAGGCAGACGCCGACAGCCCUCGGCGCGCGGAGGGUCGGCGCACGCCGCUACCUUUGGUGCUGCUCCCGCUCUCUGGGGAGCAGGUGCCUCCAGAGAUGCUUGUGGAGACCGUUCGCUCCAGCGCGUCUUCUGGUACCGGCCAAGCCCUGAGCGGGGCCAGCGGUGGCGGCACCGGCAUCACGGCCCCAGCACGAAGUCCAAAGCUUCCCCCGGAGCUGAUGGUCUCGCGCCCCGCCGGAUCCGCGGCCAAAGAAGCCGCGCCGGCUCAGGAGGCGCUGCCGCCGCCUCCGUCGCAUCGCAGCCGCUGCAAAGAGUUGGAGGAGGAGCUCGAGCAGCUCCGGAGCUCCCACCAGGAAGCCCUCGAGCGCGAGCGAGCGGCUUGGCGCGAACGGCUACGCGAGGCGGAGGAGGAAGCGCAACGCCGACUCAAAGAAUUGGAGGUGGAGCGCGACCAGACACGGGAUGAGGCAUUGGCCAAAUUGCAGGAUGCCCAGCAAAGGCUGAAGGCCGAAGAGGAGCGAGCGGCGUCUGCGGAGGCCCGGCUGCGCCAGGUCAGGUCCGAGAUGUCGGAGCAAACAGAAGCUGUAGAGCGUGCAGGCGCGUGGAAGCUUGAGGCCCAGAGCCACGCCAAGUCUCUUUCAGCUGCGGAGCGUCGCUGCGAGGGCCACGCAGAGCGCGUCGCCCAUGUUCGGCGGCAUGCCGCCGAGGUGGAGAGACAGCGGAAGGAGCUGGUGAGGAACAGCAGCGUGCAAGCGAACCAAAAGCUUCGCGAGGAGCUGGAGCAUAUGCAGGCAGAACGCUCGGAGCUUGAGAAGCGCCUUAAGAAGGCGUUGCCAAGGAUAGAACGCCUCACAGCUGAAGACCACCGCCUCCGCGAAAAGCUUACCCAGGAGUCCGAGGUGGCGAUGGCCCAGGUGCAGUCGCUCAAGGAGGAGGGGCUCGAACUUUCCCGGGCCAAGGAUCAGCUGAAGAAACAGCGCAGUGUGGCGCGGAGCGAGGCUGAAACGGUCGAGGCCCUCCAGAGCCAACUCACUGAGGCGGAGCAACAGCGCCGGAGUGCCCAGGUAGAGCUCGCGAAGUCACAGCGCGUGCGGCAAGAAGAGCAGAAGCGACGCCAAGCGACCUUCGCUGCCGAACGCCAAGCUCUUCGGGAGGAGGCUACCCAGCUGGCGGAGCGCCUCCGCCAAGCCGAGGGCAGCGCGCCCUGGUUGGGACUUCCGACCAGGGCCCAGGUCUCCGCGGCGCAGGCACCCGUGCGGCAGCCGGCGACUAGCUUUUCGCGGCUGACUUCGAAGCA